AAGGGGGAGGGAGGUACCACUUUGUCACAGGCUGCUAUGUAGAUUAACCUUUCAAUUAGUUGUUAUCAGGUCCUCUCUGUCUCAGCGCGAGCCUUCAGCGAAUCGUUUAGAGAUUAAAAAUACAAGAAAACCCCCCUAUGGAUGUGCCGCUGUGAGUGUGAUUAUUUAUAUCCGAUCGUCGUUUCAGUCAUCGUGUUAAUGAAGAAGAGGACUGUAUCCGAUAAAGAAAACUUGAAGAGGUAUCAUUUGGAUCUUGAAGGAAUCAUGUUCCAGGACGGUCGGUAAAGGUCCCAACCUUCAAGGAAUUUACUAUCUAGCUACUUUCAUCUUAUUUUGUGAGGUUACAUGUGAGCUACUACCUUGGAUGAGGAUUUACAGCAGGAAUGUAUUGAUGCCGAGGUGGAACAUUACUUUUUGACCUUCAAUAUGUGUUGGAUGUAUCAAAUGUUUCACAACAACAAGGGAGAUUCUCUAUGGAUCACUUUUUCCUGAAUCUCAUUGUUUAACCAUGGUGGAACUUGCCAACCCUCUGUAUACGGAGUGGAUUCUAGAAGCAAUACAGAAAAUCAAAAGGCAAAAGCAGAGGCCUUCCGAGGAGCGGAUUUGUCAUGCGGUGGCUACCUUACACAGAUUGGACAAGCGGACCAUUCUGGAGCAGUUGGAGUUAAGUGUUCACGAUGGUUCCAUUCUCAAAGUCACCAAUAAGGGGAGUGUGUCAUACAAAGACCCCGAGCACCCUGGGAGAGGAGUAUCUUCGUCUUCAUCAACAACAUCAUCGCUCAAACCUGUUAGUGAAAACCUCUCUGUCCCAUCGUCUAAAGGAUCUAUAUGGAAUCCCAGUGACCUUCGCCACGUUGAUUGGAAUAAAAUCCUGAGGAGGGCCAUUGAGGGUCUGGAUGAUACCCACGGUUCCUCUCUGAAGAACAUCCAGAGGUACCUAAGGAACCAGGAGGAUCUAUCACACGUCCUGGACAACCCGGGGUUCCAGCAGAGGUUACGACUAGCCGCCAAACGGGCAGUCAACAACGGCCGGCUGGCGAAGAACGGCCCGCUCUACAGGUUGAACCAGGGGGGUAGUGGAGCGGAGGGGUGGAGCCAGAUGUGUCCAGGUGCUUCCCCAUUGGCUCUUCAGUGUGUCACUCUUCUUCCACAUGAAAGAGACCAGCUACGCGCUGACCCCAUCCCAAUAUGCAGUUUCUGUUUGGGAACGAAAGAGUCCAAUCGGGACAAGAGUCCAGAGCAGCUUCUCUCCUGUGCAGACUGUGGGAGCAGCGGACACCCAUCUUGUCUGAAGUUCUCCCCAGAGCUGACCACAAAUGUGAAGAGAUUGCGAUGGCAAUGUAUAGAAUGCAAAACCUGUAGCUCCUGUCGAAUACAGGGUAAAAACGCUGACGAGAUGCUGUUCUGUGACUCUUGUGAUCGUGGGUUUCACAUGGAGUGCUGCAACCCACCACUCUCAACGAUGCCAAAAGGUAUCUGGGUCUGCCAGGUCUGCAGGCCCAAUGAAAAUGGAAAGAAACUGCUGCAUAAGAAAGCCGAUCAGAUCAAACGUCGAUAUGCAAAGCCAAUGGGGAGGCCCAGAAAUAAGCUCAAACAAAGAAUGUCUGUAAGCGGUGGUGACAGCUCCAUGCUAGCCCGGGGAGGAAGGGGGUCACCUGGUAGGGGUCAAAAGCUUACCGUCUGUUCCACACCUUCAUCUGGUCAUGCAGCAUCUGUGAAGGACGCCACAGACAGAUUGGCUGUUGCUACAUCAGACCCCUGUUGGGCCGGUGACGCUGUCACCUUCACCACCCAAUUCACCACCUCCUCCUCCACCCCUUCCACCACCCCCCCCCUCACGCCCACCUCGUCCUCCUCCACCCCAGCAGCUACACUCACUGUUAACAAGAAAACCAAAGGGCUUAUCGAUGGGCUUUCCAAAUUCUUUACCCCCUCGCCUGUCGGCCGCAGGUCGUCGCGAGCCAGCGAAAUCUUAGACCCCUCUGCCCUGAAAGGGUCACAGUCUUGUUGUCCUGCUAGGAAAAAGCCGGGCCCUCCGCCGAAACUAUGGAAACUCAGUCCGUCUCAGUCAGUUGUUGGCUUGGCUGCAAAGUCCGAUACAACUCCAAGUCAAAAGCUAACCACCACCACCCUAUCUCCCUGUACACUCCCUCUCCCACCCACGUCGCUUGGACAUAGCCCCACCACCUCCCAGGUCUCCUCCAGCUCCACCUCCGCUAACUCCCCCCAGAGUUCUUCCAGCCAGUCUAGCGUCCCCUCCAUCACUAGUCUCUCUAAUCACAACCAACUUAAGGGACUCUUUGAUGGACUCUCCCAUAUCUAUGCCACUCAGGGACAAUCUCGGAAAAAGGGACUGCCUUGCUACGCACCACCUAGGCGCAGACACCGUAAGCAGGACUUAGGGUCCUGUGCCACCGCGUCCAAAACGUGUCCUCUCAUUCCCCAUCCUUCCCAACAGCGCCUCGGAAAGAAAGAGAUGACAAAGAAUAGGUUGUUGUUGUUGUCGUCCCACUCCUCCUCCCAUCUCGGGCCGGGCCGGCCCAGGGGGCGCCCCUUUAAGGUGGUCAGUCACUUCAGACGUAAUCCCUUUUUUAAAAAGCACAGGACGCUAGGCAGGCUAAGAUGUAGAGUUACCCCUCAGAAGGGACCCCAGGAAACACCAGGAAAGGGAGACAUGACAGACGAAGGAAGAAUUAAGGCAGAGCACGACCAUGGCUGUGAAGGUGAACUGAGGGUGAAGCAGGAACCUGGCUUCGUAGCGGUCUCCAGGGAACACGUCACAGAGGAAGACGUGGAUAUAUUCACAAAGGUCCAAGAGCUCUCGUCGCAGAGAAAUGGAACCAUGACCAUCACUGACUCUGGACGAUACCCGGCCGUCAUUGAGUUUGGAAAGUAUGAAAUCCAAACCUGGCACUCUUCGCCUUACCCACCUGAAUACUCAAGAUUGCAAAAGCUUUACCUGUGUGAGUUCUGUCUGAAGUACAUGAGAAGCAAGAACAUCCUCCAGCGACACGCCAAGAAGUGUGGCUGGUUUCACCCUCCAGCCAAUGAGAUUUACAGGAAGGACGACCUUUCAGUGUUCGAGGUGGAUGGAAAUGUCAGCAAGCUCUUCUGCCAAAACCUCUGCUUGUUAGCCAAGCUGUUCCUGGAUCACAAGACCCUAUAUUACGACGUGGAGCCUUUCCUCUUUUACAUACUAACAAAGAACGACGAGAAAGGCUGUCACCUUGUGGGUUAUUUCUCCAAGGAAAAGCUUUGCCAGCAGAAAUACAAUGUCUCCUGUAUAAUGAUCAUGCCUCAGUACCAAAGGCAAGGCUUUGGAAGGUUCCUCAUUGAUUUCAGUUACCUUCUGACGAGGCAGGAAGGACAAGCUGGCUCCCCAGAGAAGCCUCUGUCAGAUCUGGGUCGCUUAUCCUACCUGGCAUAUUGGAAAAGUGUCAUGGUAGAGUACCUCUAUAAGCAGCCAGAUAAACACAUCAGCGUUAAAGGAAUAAGCAGGGCCACUGGGAUGUGUCCGCAUGAUAUCGCCGCUACUCUCCAGCAUCUCUGCAUGAUUGACAGGCAGGACGGCAGGUUUGUGGUGAUCCGAAAAGAGUGGUUGAUCCAGAGGCACAUGGAGAAGCUGCGAGCCAGCCCCAGGCUGAACCAGGUGGACCCUGACGUGCUGCACUGGACCCCCAGCCCCAGGCUGAACCAGGUGGACCCUGACGUGCUGCACUGGACCCCCAGCCCCAGGCUGAACCAGGUGGACCCUGAUGCACUUCACUGGACCCCCGCAGUGGCCCUCAACUCUGUCCUGUCUGAGAAAGAGAGAGAGGUCGAGAUGGAUGCUGAGCGAUUGAAGGAGCAGGCUAAUUGUUGGGAGAAUGAAGAGAGAGCGGUGUCCCACCUGAUGACUAGCUUACGUCACCCUCGUCCUCCCACUAAGGUCUACAGUAAGAACCCGUUCAGAAUCUACGAGCAUCGCCCCACCACCACCGCCGGAGACCAAAGACUGCACGACUCUGAGGAAUGUAGUGAUGACGAAGAUGAGGAUGAUUCUGAUGGAUCGCCGCCCAUCCUAACGAAAGCCCAUGCCAUGUUUGGAGUCAAGAGAACGAGAGAGAGAGCUGAGAGAGCUGUCGUGCUCAAGAAGAGAGGUCGCAAGAGGAAAAGGAUUAAUAGCAGUGUGACGACAGAGACCAUCUCGGAGACGACAGAGGUUCUGAAUGAACCGUUUGACAACUCUGAGGACGAGAGGCCCAUGCCCCUGCUGGAGAGGACCUGCAGGGUGGGAGAGAUGGAGGUAGAGGAGGAGGAGGGGCUGAGGAAACCAGUGAAGAGACGCAGAGGUCGUCCGCGGCUGGAGAAAAACAUGGACAGAGACAAUCGUGAACACUGGAAUGAAGUAGCCGGUGUGCUGUCAAAGAAACCGGGCAGGCCUCGAGCGAUUAAGCGCAAGAAGGGCUGGCCCAAAGGAGUGAAACGGGGGCCUCCAAAAUGGCGUCUGAAGAAGGAGAGGAAGAUGGGCUUCAAGCUGAACCUGUACACUCCCCCCGAGACUCCGCUGGAGGCCGAGGAGCCCCACAUCCAGGCCGAGGAGCCCAAGGAGGAGCCGGAGGACCAGGACAAGGCCUCGACCAUCACGGAGGAGGGUUCAGAGCCCGGCAGAGACCUGGCCGGUCGGGACACAGAGAUGGACAAGCUCCUGCCCUCAGAGCCCCACAGUCCCAUGGAGGAAGAAAGCCCUAGUAAACUGAGCUCCCCUGGGGUGUCUCCUGUGGCUUCUCCCAUGGCCUCUUCUCCAGUAGCCUCCCUUAUGGCCUCUAGAGCUAGCACCCCUGUCUUCUCUCCUGUUGGCUCCGCUGUGUGUUCUCCCGCCGGAUCCCCCAGUCGUGACGAGCCACCGGAGGAGGACCCACAGGACACUGAGCACGGGGACUCCCCCGCUCCAUCUCCAUCCAAACAGCUGGAACACAGCACUGAGGAGGAUGAGGACGAAGAGGCCACUCACCUGGAUGCGGACGAUGAAGACGAGAGUCGCAUCGAGUCGACGGCAGAGCCAGAGAAAGUGGAGAGGCAGCAGGAUCCAGAGCCUUGUCAACAGCCUCCUAAAGCGGAGUCCUACACCACCUCAACGUUUUUAGAUCCAAAUGACAACGAUAAGGAUUCUGAACGACGUCAGGAGGAGGGGUCUGAAGGGAUGGCCCAUAGGCGAGAGGAGGAACAGCCGGCCAACACUGGAGACGAGAGAAGAGAUGGUAUCCAGGAACAGGCACCAAACGCAGCAGCAGUAGACACUAACCACCCCGUUGACUCCGAGUCAGAGGAGAGUAGCAGUCAGGAGGCUCGACGCCAGCCCCAGCAGACAGAGAGAGAUGGAGAGAGACUUGCUGCGCUGAGUCCUGCUGCUGCGCUGAGAGACCGAGAGGAGGACCGAGAGGAGGACCGAGAGGAGGAGACAGAUCCUGAGGUGGACAAGGAGACGGCCCAGGCUGUGCAGAGCCUCACCCAGGAGACGGAGCGCGACACAGAGACACCGCAGGACAGCUCCAGCUCGGGGUUCGAACAGGAGGUGAGCCACAGCCUGCAGACCCACCCCAUGGCCCCCCAUAGCCCCCAUCACACCCUAACCUCGCUGGACGAAGGCUGCCCCCAGUCGGACCACAGCAGCCCCCUGUCCUCGGCCCACUCCCACCCCAGCCAGUCGGUGCGCUCCGUCAGCAGCCCGGCUGUGUCCAUCCUGGAGAGUAGUGGAGGUAGCAGCAGUGGAGGAGGAGGUUACACCCAAAUCAGCCCUGACCACGCCUCCAGCGGCGGAGCCUCCAUCUCGGUCCCAUCCUCCCUCCACAACAUGGAGACCAGCCCCAUGAUGGACGUGCCGUCGGUGUCGGACCACUCGUCCCAGCAGGUGGUGGACAGCGGCUUCAGCGACCUGGGCUCCAUCGAGAGCACCACAGAGAACUAUGAGAACCCCAGCUCCUACGACUCCACGCUGGGGGGCAGCAUCUGUGGCGGGGCCGGGGGUCCGGGCGGACCUGGGGGCCCCUCUCAGAACAGCUGCUCCUACGGCCCCCUCCCCCCCAGCGGCCUGGUGCAGAGCAGCUGUUCUGUCAGCCAGCAAAUGGGGGGCGUCAACCCUGGAAGCUGUGGCAUGAUUCAGCAGAAUAGCCUGAGCUCCCCGCAGCACUGCAACGUCAAGUCACCACAGGGCUGUGUGGUGGUGGAGAGACCACCGAGCAACGGUCAACACAGUCAGAGGACUCAGCACAGUCACAGUCAUACAAUCACACACAAUCCCCAUGGCCAUACUAGGCUCACUAUCACUCCACACAAUCAGCAUCCGCAACUCAAUCAGCCUCCCGGCACUCCACACAAUCAACACAGCCAGAUAACACAACUCAACCCACACACACACCCUGCACACAGUCAGCCACAUAGUGUACAUCACAAUCAACACAGCCUUCACAAUCAACACGGUCAACACAGCCUUCACAAUCAACACGGUCAACACAGCCUUCACAAUCAACACGGUCAACACAGCCUUCACAAUCAACACGGUCAACACAGCCUUCACAAUCAACACGGUCAACACACCCUUCACAAUCAACACAGUCAACACAGCCUUCACAAUCAACACAGUCAACACAGCCUUCAUAAUCAACACAGCCACAGUCAGCAACAGGCCAUGACACAGUGCGGCAUAGCCACCAACUUCACGGCACCCAUUCAGCUAGCUGACAUCCCCGAGUCAGGCAACCCCAACCUGAGCAGCAUCUAUGAGAGGAUGAACCAGGAGGGCUAUGGCAGCGGUCAUUACUCCCAGCCCUCGGCCACCUUCAGCCUGGCCAAACUGCAGCAGCUGACCAACACCCUCAUAGACCACUCUCACUCUCUGCCUUUCAACCACUCAGCCUCCCAUUCCCACCCUAUCACAUCCUAUGCAAACAGUACCUCCCUGUCAUCGCACUCGCAGCACUCUGGCCUGGUGUCUCUGUCCCAGUCCCCCCACCCCGGCAACCCUCGCCCCCACGGGGUCUCUCCUCACCCCGGGGGCCCCCAGGUCCAGGUGCAGGCCACCAUGACCCCCCCUCCGACCUCUUCCCACCCCCUUAGCUCCCCUCAGAUGAUGCUGCAGCGCAACGCCAUGGGCAUCUCCAACAUCCCCACCUCCCAGAGGACUCUACAGGCUCAGAUGGCCCCCGUGGGACCCAAGGGCCCCACACACAUUGCCAUGCGCUCCAAGUCAGCAGCCUCUGGUCUCUCCUCCCACCCCCACCACCAGCACCAGCAGCAGAUGUACAGCCACACCCGCGGGGCCCCCCAGACAGUCACCAUGCAGGCCCCCUCGUCCCGGACGCUGGCAGCCAUGCCAAGGGGCAUGAACAUGGGCACGGUCAACAUCAUGCCAGCCCCUGGCAAUCCCUACAACCAUGCUGUUAGUGUCAACUCCAUGAACAUGCCCGCCGCCGCCGCCAUAAACCACGCCAUGAACGGCUACCACGUCACCACCCAGGGGGCAGCCAUGAUGGCGGCCAAUGGUGGUUACCACGGCAACCAGAUGUCGGGUCAUCAGAUGGCGGCGGCCUACAUGAACCAGUCGCCCGGGGCCCAGUACGCUUCUAUGCAGAUGGGCAUGAUGGGAACACAGCCAUACCCCCAGCAACCCAUGCAGGCUCCGCCGCACGGCAGCAUGAUGUACUCUUCAACUGGUCAACACGGAUACAUGACCAACACCGGACCCAUGUCCAAGCAGACACUCAAAGGGCCUUUCAUCAGACGGUAACCCACGGUUACUAACCUAACCGUUAAGUAACAGUUAAUGAAACCGUAACUAAUGACAAACAAAUGUAAUCAAUCUGACUGGAUGUUUAAAUCACACAAAUGUGUAUUAUUAUUACUAUGAGUUCCAAAUGCACACAUUUGGCCUUUUUUUGUUUGUUGUUGAUAAUGUUUGUUUCUUUGUUUUUCAUUGUUUAUAGUUACUUAAAAACCAGCACUUGGAAAGAAUGCAAAAAGUUUCAUCAACAAGCAAACUUUUUACAACAAGCUACUAUCUAUGUCAAAGUAUUUUUGUUCCUAACAGAUUUGUGUUCAUUUAGUUCCUAAGCCUUACGUCAUGAAGAUGAAAAUGUAUUUCAUUAGUAUUAGUCUCCCUGGUCACUCCGGAGGGAGGGGGAGACUGGGGAGAGAGUUCAUCACAGAGAGUGAGUGUAGUUAUGUAGCAGCCUCAAACUAAGCCAUCUAAUGUGCCUGCUACAAACAGACUUAAACAAGUGGAUAUUCCUAGAACCUGUUCAGUGUACCUGUCUAACAGUGCUGACAAUUAGUUUGUACUAUACUCAUGCCUUUGUAUAUUUAAAUUAUUGUACUUAUUUUGUAAAGCAUGCUUCGGUCUCCAGUCUCCGUUAGUAACAGUGCAUUGAGUAGUACUGUACAAGUGUUGUGCUUAAUAGCAAGCCAUUCUAAAUAUAUUUUGGCCUUUAUUAGGUUCCCCCUCUCACAGGGAGAAAGAAGAAACUAUAUUUUGUUAAUUCUAAUAAUGUAAAAAAAAGUGUAAACUUCUUUAGUCCUGUUCUUCUGUAUGUUUGAGAGGUUUUAUUGCUAUGUAUGUAUGUAUAAUUCUGAAGUCUUUUGUAACAGAUUUCCUUGAGGCAGCUUUCUGUUUUAUAAUGCAGAAGACUGAUUUCUGUCCAGAUAACUAAGCAUAUCUCAGUGUUUGUACCCUGACUCUGAUUUUAAAACAUUUCAGAGGUGUACCAAUGUCGAGAAAUGUGGCGGAAUUUAAAAAAACAACUAAAUGAUUAUAAUGAUUUUGAUUAUUAAUAAUAAAGAAAUAUACAUUUAGUCCAAAGUCAAUAUUUUACAUAAUGCCUUUAAAAAAACUACAUUUUCA